AUGCCAGAAACUAACCCGCGGGACAUCCUCCCGAAUCUCCCCUGCGCCCUCCCAGCAACAGGCAUCCCAGCAAACACAGACGUCCGCAAGACUGCGGGCCUAUUCUCCGACCUCUUCCGCACCGACCUCACGCCCACCCUUUUCACUCAAGACGCAGUAUGGCGAGACACCUUCGCGCUGACCGGCACCUUACGAACCUUCUACUCCGCGCCCACCAUCUGCGACGUCUUCAAACGCCUGCGCACCUGCCGAGAAGCCCAUGCCUUCCGUGUCGACAUCGACGCCGCGAAGCACGUCCGCCUGGAUGCCGAAUGCGGCUGGAUCGACGUGCCCUUCGUCUUUCGGACCAGAUCGCGCCCAGCCACCAAAUGCUCCGGGGUGGUGUCGCUGGUCCGGACCGCCGCGAAAGAGGAGUAUCGGGUUUGGAUGCUGUGCACGAUGCUUGAAGGAUUGCUCGGGUGGGGGGAUGUGGAUUCUCUGGGCCCGGGGGUGCAGAACAUCUAUGGGGACGAGAAGGUGGACGUUGAUUGUGUCGUCGUCGGGGCGGGACACUCCGGGCUGGGCACGGCGGGCCGGUUGAAGGCUUUGGGGGUUUCGUGUAUGGUGGUUGAGAGAAAUGCACGGGUCGGGGAUAAUUGGCGCGUGAGGUAUGAUUCGUUGAGGUUACACACCAUUCGCAAUUGGUCUCAUCUCCCCUUUGAGCGUACCUUUCCCCCUGCGUGUGGGGAGUGGUUGUCCAAGGAUCAGCUGGCGGAUGGGCUGGAGUCUUGGUCGCGGCGGUUUGGGAUUAACGUCUGGACGGCCACCGAGCUGGAAUCCGGAAGCUGGGAUGAGAUGAAGAGGAAGUGGACGCUGAGACUUCGACAGCGUGGAGGUGAUCAGCGGCCGAGUCGUCGUCUGUCGGUCACUUGCUCUCAUGUCGUGCUUGCCACGGGCGGACCCGCGUUGACACCUCGCCAGCCUCGAUUGUCGGGCGAGGAUAUGUUCAAAGGUGAGGUCCUGCACUCGUCGGAAUACAAAAAUGGAAAGAAAUGGAAAGGUAAACGGGGCGUGGUGAUCGGCUCGGCCAAUACAGGCCAUGAUAUUGCGAAGGAUAUGGUCGCAUCUGGGGCUUCGUGUGUCACUAUGGUGCAGCGUAGUACAACUUACGUUCUGCCUCGUGAAUACCUGCAGCGAGCAUGGGAAGGCAUGUUCAACGAUGUGACGCCUACGGAAGUCUCCGACCGCGAGAUGAACCUCGUCCCAACUGCUGUGGCGCGUCUUAUGACCAUGGCAGACGUGCAUCCCCAGGCGGCCGCCGAGCCAGAGCGGUUCCAGGCUCUCCUCCGCGCUGGGUUCCGAGUGGAAGUAUUUGGAGAUCUGAUCUAUCAGUUGAACCAGCGUCUUGGUGGACAUUCAAUGGAUACAGGGUCUUCGGCAAUGAUCGCCAGGGGCGAGAUCAAGAUCAAAUCCGAUAGUCCAUUAGCGUCAUACACAGAAGAGGGCCUCCUUUUUAGUGACGGGAGCGUCCUUCCGGCGGAUGUUGUGAUCUUCGCGACGGGGUUCACAGGGAACCUCCGUGACUCGGUCCGCACGUUCUUCGGCGAAGACAUCUUCUAUCGCGUGGAGGACUACUGGAGUAUUGAUCCGGAGGGUGAGUUGAAGGGUGUUUAUGUCCCAACUGGCCAUCCUGGUCUAUGGUAUAUGGGAGGAGGAAUGGGCCAAGCUAGGUUCUAUUCGAGAUUUGUGGCCUUGCAGAUCCGUGCCAGCCUCGAUGGGACUCCACUGCCUGUGUACCAAGGAAUACACCUAAAGGAGAACUCGGCAUAG